GUCCUCACUAUCGACUUCCGGUCCCUUGUUAGCCAAGAUGUCAACGUGGAGCUUGUUCGAUUUCAACCACAAAAUGUUUUCCUUUCAGCACCUCCUGCUACUGAUUUGCUGUUGGUGUUAUUUUGCGACUUUCUCAGAUGCCUUAUUUUUCCAUAUUAAGGAAACCGAAAAAAAAUGCUUCAUAGAAGAAUUGCCGGACGAAACGAUGGUUGUCGGCAAGUAUAAAGUUGAGAUUUUUGACAAGAAUGUAAAUAAAUAUGUACCAACCGUUCAUGGGUUGGGCAUACACGUUGAAGUGAAAGAUCCUGAAGACAAAGUUGUUCUGUCAAGGACUUAUGCUGCUGAAGGCAGGUUUACAUUCACAUCUCAUUUAGCAGGUGAACAUUUAGUAUGUCUUCACUCCAAUUCCUCUGCUUGGUUUUCCAGUGGUCAGUUGAGGGUCCAUCUUGACAUCCAGGUUGGUGAACAUGCUAUUGAUUAUACACAAAUUCAAACAAAAGAUAAGUUGAGUGAACUGGAACUACGAAUUCGGCAAUUGUUGGAUCAAGUGGAACAGGUUACUAAAGAACAAAAUUACCAACGGUUUCGUGAAGAAAGGUUCCGAAUGACCAGUGAAAGCACCAAUCAGAGAGUUUUAUGGUGGUCUAUUGCUCAAACCAUUAUCCUUAUUAUAACAGGGUUCUGGCAGAUGAGACACUUAAAGAGUUUCUUUGAGGCAAAGAAACUUGUUUAAUUCUAUUUUCAUCAUGGAGAAAAAAAACCUUUAUGAACAUUUUUUUUUUUUUUUUUUUAAUGAACUUAAUUUUACUAAAUUAUUUAAAUAUUUUAACCCUUAGUAUUGGAAGAGUUAACUUGUUUUUGUUUAUUUAUAUUUUUUGUUUUUGUUUUCUGAUCUGAUCCUCUUCCUCCUCCUCAUACCAUCAUUGUACAUUUUCUCAAACAUCUCUGUUGUAACACACGAUGCCAACAAAGAGUCAAAAAAAAAAGUGUUUUCCCCAUUUUUCAUAGUUGGUCUGAGAAAAGAAAAAAAAAAAGAGAAUUUCAAAAAUAAAAAUAAAAAUGUU